UAAAGAGGACCUUCAAUGAGAAAAGCCUUUCAAGAUUUGGUGGAUCAUUCAAGAAACACACAUCUUCAAAAUUUCUUCAGAGUAAAGAAAUAGCAAAAGAAAGUUAGAAUGAAGAGGACAAUGGAGGAUCCAAGCAAGCUCAUGAGAAGAUCAGUCCACACCUUUCUCCAACACUACCACCGUGUCACCACCGCAGCCGCCGUGGCACUCCCUUUCUCAGCUUGUCUCCUCCUCUCUCAGCCUUUCUUCUCAUCUUCCUCUUCGACCCUUCACGCGAGGAUUAACACGCUCUUCCGCGGAGCUGGUUUCUCUUCUUCUCUUGAUUUCUUCAACAUCUUGAGCCUUAAGCUCUCACAAACCCUUUCAUCCUCUUUAUUCACUCUCCCUUUCUCCCUCACUUUCCUCCUCUUCUCCAAAGCUUACGUUAUCAAACUUCUAUCAAGCAAUAACUCAGCUUCGUCCUCUGUUUAUUACCUCCGCCUUCUCAAAACAUACAUUUGCAGCUUCUUCUUCCUUCUCUCUGCAAACGCCUCUGCUUUUGCUCUGUUUUUCGUAGCAUUCAAUACCCUCGAAGCCUUUGGAUUCUCUUCUAGAAACUUUUACGCUAUCCUCUCCGUAUCCUCAGCGAUCAUCUACUCAGUCAUCAUCGCCAACGCCUUCGUCAUCUCCAAUUUAGCCUUGGUUUCAUCACCUUCUUCUUCUUCAGGAGGAUACACAAAUAUUCUCAAGGCGUGUCUUCUGAUUCGGGGAAGAACUUCACCAGCAUUGUAUCUUGCUCUGCCUACUAAUCUCGGCUUAGCAGGAGUCGAAGCCUUGUUUCAGUACAGAGUCGUGAGAUCUUAUUACAACGGAGACAGAGAUAUCACAUCCAUAGCUCUUGAAGGAACCUUCAUAGCUUACUUAUACGCUCUCUUCUUGGUUCUUGACACCAUAGUCAACUUCCUCUUUUACCAGAGCUGCAUCAAGAACGAGGAAGAUCAAAAGAUCGGUAGAGGAGACGACUACUCCAUCAAGAUCCAAAUCAGCGAAACAGAGAACACCAAAAUACACAUCAAGGGUUUAUACGAAAUCUUGUGACUUUCUUCUUGUUUUGGUUGGAUGUAAUUAUUGAAAAAAAGUGAAAAAAGACUUUAUGAGAUUAUUGAUUCUUUAAGGAUAAUCUCAAGUAGCUUUCACUUCAAAGAAGGGCAAAGGUAAACACUAAACAGUGGAGAACAAUCACACCAAUCUGCAAAACCUUUUCUUCUACCUCUGUUUCUGUUUUUUUCUUUAUUUAUUUUAGUCCAUUGUUCCUCUUUUUAUUUAAUACUUUUUCAACAUUGUAAAGUCAAAUAUACCAGAAAUUUUCAAUUUAAUGCAAAUCUUUAGUAUUCACA